GUUUAGUUGGAGAAAAGAAACUGAGAAAACACCGCAAAGAACUUCUUAAUUAAGCUGUGUUUUUAAAAUCAUAUUUAUUUCAAAGUGCAUAUAUUUGCUGAAUGUGUUGAAAAAGCAUUCUGUAUCACACAUACCGUGUUUGAGUUGUAUUUGUAUCGUCGCGCACGUGCUAACCUUUAUCAGCUGUUUGUCAAAAUUCACAAUUUAUUUUGAAAUCAGAGGAUAAUUAAAAAUGACAAAAGUUGCAAAGAAAAAAGAUAAAGGAAAAUCCUCAUCCUCCAAAAAGCUCACCCGUAAAGAUAUACGGAAGCAGAAGCUGCAGAGUAAGAAAGAAAAUAAGCGCAUAUUCUUUUCAAACAAAACGAAUGGUGCUGCACUAGUGGCCGAUGCUAAAGCAGCAGCAGCAAAUGCACAAAAAUCCAAGAAAGGUAAAAAGAAGAAGAAAUCCAAAAAGACAACUAAAGUUGUAGCACCCGAAGAUAUACCCAUCGAGGAAUUGCUUUCUGGAAAAGUAGAUUCCGAUAAUGACGAAUCCAUCGCUUCAGACUUCUCGGAUGAAGAAGUCAGUGCAAGAAUUCCAGCGAACAUGGCAAAACAAGAGAAGCCAGUACUUAAUCAGAAGAAGAAAAAGCAACAACCUACACGUCCCGACGCCGAGGAACAACGACGACGCGUGUUGAAGCAACAAAAGGAUUUGGAGAAUGUGGCGCGUAAACAACGACUGAAACAACUGAAAGUAGAGAAUGAAGAAGAAGACCGUUUAAUAUCCAAACUAGAAAAGAAAUUAAAACUCAAUAAGACUAAAGACAAAAAUCGCUUGGUGCGCAAAAUGUUUAGCGACGGUUUAGAUUAUGCCUUGGAGUUCUGUUUGGAUGAUGAAGAGGAGAAGCGCAAACGUGAGCUGAAGGAAAAGCGAAAGGAAGAAAUGCAAAGGCAGAAUGCCAGUGACUGGAGUGAUGAGGAGGAAUUAGAUGAUGAAGGUGAUACCGAGUUAUUGGGCGGCACUUUAAGUGAUGACAAUAGUGAAAGUGGUGAAGAUACUUACAAUGAUGACGACGACAACGAAAUGGAUCAUGAGGAUGAUGCAGACUAUGACGAAGAAAGUACAGAAGAGCAAAUAAAGGAAGAUAUUUACGGCAGAAAACGUGAUAAAGAUGGCAACAUUAUAAAAACGGAUGCUGACCCAAAGCCUGAUGCACAACAGCCACAAAAAUAUAUACCGCCACACCAACGCGCUUUGCUCGCUGCCACACAGAAUGACAGCAAACAGUCACAGCUCCUAGAACGAUUGCGUAAAAAUUGUAAGGGUUUGCUAAAUCGACUCUCCGAGGCUAACCUUCACAAGAUCGCCAAUGGCAUUGAGGAAUUGUACAUGAAAAAUUCUCGCUACAACAUGAAUGAAACGCUUGGUGCUCUCUUGCGAGAAGCAUUACUUGGUCGCACUAUGACCAAUGAGCGUAUGGUGCAGGAGCAUAUGGUGCUUUUGGCUUAUCUACAUGCGCAAGUUGGUAAUGAAAUUGGCGCACAUUUUCUGCAAAUGUUCAUUGAGCAAUUCGACGCGCUUUUAAAGGAUAUUUUCACACUAGCCGUGGAAGAUAAGAAACUGAAUAAUUUAAUUUUAGUACUCGCUUACAUAUAUAUUUUCAAAAUAUAUGAACAUCGUUUGCUACUGGAAAUAAUCGGUCGGUUGUCCGAUAACUUGUGUGAAAAAUCAAUUGAAUGCCUGCUACUUAUCUUCCAAUCCGUCGGCUUCAAAUUGCGCAAAGAUGAUCCGCUGGCCUUUAAGGAAAUGAUGUUAAGUGUGCAGCGCAAAAUUGCAGAAGCACCAUUGGAAUUGAAAGAGAAUUUGCGUCUCAAAUUCAUGGUUGAUAUUUUAAAUGCCGUUAAAAACAACAACAUCAACAAAAUACCACAAUUCGAUCCGGAACUGGCGGAGAAUCUGCGCAAACGGCUAAAAGCAAUGUUGCGCAAUGACAAAUAUGUGACAACACUGAAUAUAACGAUGGAUGAUUUGCUGCGCGCCGAUCAAGUGGGCAAAUGGUGGGUUGUGGGUUCGGCGUGGAGUGGCAACAUCGAUGAUAUCAACUCGGCGACGAAGCAAAAGAAGGAUGAAGGCAUUGUUGCUGGUCAACGCUUCUCGGAAAAACUACUUAAGUUGGCCAAACAGCAGAAAAUGAAUACAGAGGAACGACGAAACAUAUUCUGCAUUAUAAUGGGUGCUGAGGACUAUGUUGAUGCUUUCGAGAAAAUAUUGCAUUUGGCAUUGAAAGAUCAACGUAGUAUUGCCUAUGUGAUUAUUCACUGCUGUUUGAAUGAGAAACGUGCUAAUCCGUACUAUGCACACCUUGCACUGAAAUUCUGUCACUAUAAUCGCAAAUUUCAACUGGCUUUUCAGUUCGCCACUUGGGAUCGCAUCAACGACAUGGAAUCCCUCAAUAAGUUGCAAGUGAAAAAUUUAGCGAAAUUCUUACAACAUUUAAUAUUAAAUGGCGGUUUACAGUUGUCGGUACUGAAAGUUGUAAACUUUUUGCAGCUGGACAAGAUAAGCUUUGUUUUCAUGAAGGAAAUAAUGGUUGGCUUGUUGUUGAGUGAGCACGACAAUGAAAUCUAUCAGGCAUUCGAACGUGUGGCCAAAAAUACAAAACUCGCACAAUUCAAGAACAGCAUACGCUUGUUUAUACAACAUUUCCUGCUGCAAGAGGAGAGCAAACUAAAGCUGAGUCAAGAACAAUUGAGUCAUUUAAAGAAAUGUGCAGACUAUGUUGAUAACAUACUGGCAUAUGUGGACUUGUAA